UUGCUGCACUUUGGCGUAAAUUGCAAUCGAUUAGGGAUCGUUUCUCAGACUCAAGUUAGAAGUGAGAGUUCAGAUAAGUGAGGCUGCCACUGCUGCUUUGAACACCUCAGAAGGGGAGAAUGCAUUUAUCAGGAGUGAAAAAGAAGAGCUUGCUAGGAGUCAAAGAAAAUAAUAAAAAGUCCAGCACUAGGGCUCCUUCUCCUACCAAACGCAAAGACCGCUCUGACGAGAAGUCCAAGGAUCGCUCUAAAGAUAAGGGGGCCACUAAGAAGUCAAGCGAGAAGGAUCUUGGCAGGGAUAAAACGCGAAAGAGGCGCAGCGCUUCCAGUGGUAGCAGCAGCACCAGGUCUCGGUCCAGCUCGACCUCCAGCUUGGGCUCCAGCACCAGCACGGGCUCCAGCAGCGGCUCCAGCUCAUCUUCAGCAUCGAGCCGCUCAGGAAGUUCCAGCACAUCCUGCAGCUCCAGCUCUGGCAGCUCCCCUGGCUCUCCGAGUCCUUCUCGGCGCAGGCAGGACAGCAGGCGGCGUUCCCACUCCAAAUCCAAACCACCCAAAAGAGGUGAAAAGGAAAGGAAAAGGCAGAGCCCUUCCCCGAAACACACCAAAGUGCACAUUGGAAGGCUCACCAGGAAUGUGACCAAGGAUCAUAUCAUGGAGAUAUUCUCCACCUAUGGGAAAAUUAAAAUGAUUGACGUGCCUGUAGAAAGGAUGCACCCGCAUCUGUCUAAAGGCUACGCAUAUGUGGAGUUUGAGAAUCCAGAUGAGGCCAAGAAGGCGCCGAAGCACAUGGACGGAGGACACGUGGAUGGCCAGGAGAUCACCGCCACUGCUGUGCUGGCCCCCUGGCCUCGGCCACCACCACCCCCCCCCCCCGGCGAUUCAGGUCCCCCGGCCGCCGCAGCCACAGGAGCCUCUCCAGUUCCAACUCCUCCCGAUAAGCAGGGCCACCGAAGCCCUGCUGUGACUUGCAUCCCAUCCAACUCACUUUUGUCACUUUUCUAG